AUUACCUUUGCUUAAUUUUAUUUAAUUUUCUGACAUGUUUGGCACAGGUGAUAAAAGAAAUACAACAAAUGUCCGAAAAUGGAUGGUUUGUCAGUCAUUUAGUCGAUCUUCUUUAUCAUGCCGGUCGUCUUGAGGGGUUAUAUAGUGAUGAAACCAAAGUGAUUGGCAGUCGUCUACGCGAAUCUUUCCUACUAGACUAUGGCACAUUGCUCAUGGGCCACCAUUCACUGUGGCAAGUGGGCUUGAAUUAUCUGGAUCACUGCCCGACAGAAGGACUGUCAACAAUCGAGCUUUUACUACCCGCACUGCCCUUGAAAUCUGAGGCACGCACGCAAAAAAUAAUACGCGAGGCUCACAAGCGAGAUAUGCCACAAAUUGUACAAAGCAUUUGUAAAGUACACACAAUGGAUUCCAUAUCGAAAGGACGUUUGGGAAAUGCUCUGACUUGGGGGUUAAAAUCGCAAGACGGCGGAUUUACCUCACUUAUUGCGGAUAAAUUUUUGCGCAAAUACAAAGAAACGGGAGUAUUGCUGAAUGAAGAUUUGCUCGACAAUUUAGGUUCCUCGAUGCUCAUUAGCGAUCGGCUCAUAUUUCUAGGUAAAUACUUCGAAUUUCACAAAGAAUAUCGGCUAAAGAAUUACAAGGAAGCGGCAAAUAUACUCAUUUCUUUGCUCGCAUCGAAACUUACACCGAGAUACUUUUGGGACACAUUACUAUGCGACGCAAUAAAUUUGUUGGAAAAUAACGUUAUGGUCAUCUCAUCUACGGAUACUUACACAUUACUCCAUAGUCUAGAAGAAAAAUGUGAACUUCCCGAGCUGAAGGAUAAAAUCGAUUUGAUUCGAUUAGGUGCUGCGAGAAAUCUGUCUCGUGCCCUUUUAUAUGAAAUGCAAUUGGAUAAAAAAUACACCUGAGUACUAUUCUUUUUUAAAUAAAAAUAAAACAAAUAA